AUCGCAAAUCCAGGCACAGAGUCUCGACUUUGGCUAUCACUCCAAGCGCGACUUGUCCAGUACUCCAAGUCCAAAGAUCAUGAAGACUUUUGUCUUGUCAGCUCGCUCUUUCUCCACCUUCUACACCACCAAACUUGUCCAUGCCCAAAAGGCAAUCAACUCUGCUUGUACAACCAUCCUUACAAUCCGCCAGCUAAUCAAUGUCCAAAACAACCAUUCUCGACGCAUUGGGGAAGCAAUAGGUCAAGCCCUUGAUAUCAUCCGAUCAGCAAGAGGGAUCCAUCCGCCUAAUCAUACUACAAUUUAUCACUAACUAUCACCAUUUUACAGGAACAUUACCAUUAAACGCUGUGCCCUCAAGAAAAGCGACUACGUUGGCACAGGUGAUACCACAGAAGAGGACUCUGAAGACAAAUUUCUCGUCACGCUUAGCAAAUCAAAAAUCAACGAAGUCAUUGCAUCUUUCACUCCGAGUUUCUUGACUUGUUCUCGCAAACACAUUCGGCUAUCACACUCUGGGUUUGGAGGCUUAGGUUCUCAGUUGUAACAUAUUCACCAACCCGUUCAGAGAAGCAAUUAGGCAGGCAAUAAAAGAACGGGGGCUCUUUUCCUAGGCUGUACUAGCAACACAAUGACCCACUUAUACUAAUGUCUGCUAUGAAUUGUACUAACAUAUUUUUUUGCUGUCUGUAAUGUAAAAUAAGUACAUGU